AUGCGGGUGACUGACGGGGAUCCGUUCGCCGCUCUGGAUGCGCCAGCCGCUGCUGCAACGUCGACGGCUGCGGUCGGAGACGUCGACGAGUUUGCGUCUCGCUUCCCACCUUUGGAUCAGUUUUCCAUUCUGCAUGAGCAAGGUUCGAAAUUCAACUUUGACUCGCACACUCCCCCUCCUGCGCAGCAGCAGAGAGUCCCGGUCCCGCAACCGGCUGAGAAGCCUGUGCAUCAAGCGUAUCCGGCGGCCCAGUCCCCACCAAAGAACUCGGAGCCGGUGCGGCCGAGGACUGUUGCCCCAACCGUCGCCGCUUCUUAUACACCACCGACGGUUAAAUCCCCUCCUCCGGUCACCGUUGGACUUACCAAGACGGCAUCUGCUCCUCCAAAGCCAACCGAGAUGAGCAGAGCGCAUGCCAUUAUCAACAAGAACCCCGAAUUGCAGGCCAUCUCGUCUCAAUCUCAGGCUCAGUACCAGCCUCAACCACAGCCAUCCAGAUAUGUAUCAACCGGCACAAUGACGACUUCUCCGCCUGUAGAACAACAGCCUCCACAGCAAAUGCCGGUGUGGCGUGUUCCCACGUCAGACCACCACCGGUCGACCAGCCUUCCCCGCCAGCAAGACCACAACGCGCCGUCGCGGCCGGGCGGAGAAGAAGGGCCACUCCCUCGUAACCCUUCCUACCAGCUCCGCCCGACCCACGUCCGACAUCCGUCGUCAUCGCGGCCGUCAUUGGAAGGCGGACGGCCAAGCUUGGAGCUUCUGGAUUCAAGCGCCCAACCGAGAAGAUCAAUCGACGGCCGUCCCAGGCCUAUCAGCACCCAUCUUGAGUCAAACCUAGACUUCCUGCGCGAGAAAGAAAGCUCCUCAAAGCCCCUUCCUUCCCCUAGUCUCAUGUCUCAGAAGUUUCCUGACAAAGUACCAUCACCUGCAAUGGCGGAGCCAGAGGAGGAAGCCCACAUUGAAUCCAAUGUUGAGUUCCUGCGCAGCAUGGAGGAGUCGGACUCAAAGAAGAGAGACCGGCAUUCGAAACACGGUAAACGUGGAAGUCUCGGUUCUUUGUCUGGGACGAAGAACAUACUUGCCGGGAAGUUUGGUGAUGCGUUCAAACGGUUCGAGGGAAAUCAAGCACCACCGCCUGCUCGAACUCCGUCGCCGCUCAAGCAACUGGACCGCAGCGCGUUGACUCCCAUUGAAGGAUCGGAGGCCACCGAUGGCCGGACUGACGAUGGUAAGGGGCACGAAGAGAUCGAAGACACACCCGCAAUGAGACGGGAGCUCGAACGCCUGCGCCUCGAGGAGGAGGAACGCCGGGUCGAGGCUGCGGCCGCGGAGUACCGCCAACGUUUUUCUAACCAGGGUUCAGGCCCAGGCAGCUCUGCGCCUCUGCCAAAGAGUAUUGGCGGAGUGUCUCGGGCUGUCAGCAUCCAGAAUAGGGUACAAAACCUGUUGAGCGAGGGUCAGAAGUCUUCCGCCCAGGUCCCGCGCACCGCUCAAGGAUACGGCGUUUACACAGACGCGGGUCCUGCUGCAGGCCGACUGGACAAGCAACUCCCGGACAUUCCCAGGAAGCCAGUCGGCGGCGUCAAGCCUCGGCCUAUGACGCCGUCCAGUUCGCAGGACGUGAUGGUCAACAAGGUGCGGCCGUCUGCAAGCGAGCCCCUGCCGACAGCGGGACGGUCCACGCCCGGCCCGCGGCCGGUAGCGCCCCGAAAGCCGAUGCACCUCAACAGCCUACCGACCGGUGGUCGGCCCGGCUCGCCGCCGAAGCAAUCACAGGCUCCCCCCUCCAUGUCUUCGGACCAUCUUGUCGGCGUGGGGCUCCCCGGGCGACCGGUGCUGGAGAUGUCGGCUAAGGAGAAGGACGACUACGUCCAGGACUUCUCGAAGCGGUUCCCUAGUCUGGGCUCGAUCGAGAUGGUGGAGCGAGACCUCGCAGCGGAAGCGGGCGAGCAGCGAACUAGUAGAUAG